AUGCAUCAGAGCAAGUUCUUCGGAGCUUGUCUUCUGCUGACGGCUUCGGCAUGGGCUGCGGAGGGCCCUUCGACCAUUCUACCUCUACUCAAUCCCACGACGACAACCUCUACGGAAGCUCCUCCACUCCCGGAGCCCGCUGCUUUGAAUUCGGAGUCUUUGCCGAUCCCAGAAGCUCAUGUCUCCGCCCAACUCCAGCUCGGAGACAGCGACGGCAACAACGAGCAUUCAGGCGGACCCAAAGUCCGUAAAGCGGCGCAAUCGUCGGAUCGCGACAUGACUCCGAGCUCCACUGUGCCACCGACAACUCUCAGAGUAAAUGAUUUCAAUAACCAGCGAGACAAUCGAGAUCGUUAUUAUCCUGACUAUCGUUAUCCGGAUUAUCGUGGAUACGACCACCGUGGCUACGACGACCGCGGGUACUACAACCGCGGAUACGAUCCCCGCGGAUAUCCUCAACCGGCUGGUUACGGCGGAGGAUACGGAGCUCCGAGUCGUUUCUACAAUGACUACGAUCGCUAUCGAGGCUACGAUCCCUACAAUAACGAACCCUGGAGACAGCGCUUCCAUGACCCGUACUACGAUCGCGAUCCCUACUACAAUCGAGACGGCCGAUCCUAUGGCGGUAGGCUCCCGUAUUCACCCUACGGCAAUGACUACCUGAACAGAAUCGAUCCGUACCGUUUCGGAUACUCGACUGAUAAACUCGGACGGGGCUUUGGAUACUCAUGCAAAGACGUCUUCGAAUGUCAAGAUCUCAAAAAUCGAGAAGAAGCCCAACGGGAUGCCCAGCGAAGAUCGUAUCCCCCUUAUCCGCCCGUAUCGUCGAACUACCGAGCUCCUUACGAGCACAGUAAUCUCUGGCUCCCUCCGACACCGUCGCCCUCCUCCGGGAGAUCCGUGACCUACUUCCCCCACGAUCGUUAUAGUUCCUACGCUCCGUAUGCUGGCGGUUACGGCGGCUACUCGCCGUACUAUCAAGGAGGAUAUCGUAAUGAUUACUACAGGACCAAGAAGAAGUAA